AUGGCUGAAGAAUCUCAUCCUGCAUACCUCUCGCCCAGCGAGCUGGGUACAAAAGACUACUGGGAAUCUUACUACGCCCGCACGCUAGCCCACAUCUCGCACGAAACCAGCAAAGAUCCCAACGCCAAUGGCAAAAACCAAAACGAUGACGAUGCCGCAUCAACUUCCGACCUAAAUGACGAAGAUGACCCUGGCACAUCCUGGUUCUCCGAACACAACGCCCCGCAAAAAGUCCUUCAUUUCCUCACACGCAAGUCCUUCCCUUUGUCGCCGCGCAAUACCCACAAGAAAGGCUCCCGCCAGCCAAGUGUUCUAGAUCUCGGAACUGGGAAUGGGAGUAUGCUUGCGCUGCUUAAGAAGAGGGGCGGGUAUGCGGGACGUCUUGUUGGCGUAGAUUACUCGCGUCAGAGUGUUGAGCUUGCGAGGGAGUUGCAGCGUGUGAGAGGACAUUCCGCUUAUCGGAGUGACUCGGAGGAUGAGGAUGAAUCUGAUGAGGAAGAGGCCGAGGCUGAGGCUGAGACUGAGGCUUAUGUACCGGAACAAGAAACAUCCAUCCAGUUCGAGGAGUGGGAUAUCCUCGGCUCUAAGGCUCUUCUUUCUGAGACUGGUCUCGAGGUUUCUCCUUCAGAGGAGGAAACUCUCCCCUGGUUCCCUUACCAAGAGGGUGGGUUCGACAUCGUGCUCGAUAAGGGGACGUUCGAUGCUGUCUCGCUAGCUGAUGAUGCGAAGACAACCCGUGUCUGCGAGAGGUACCCUGAUAUUGCGCGGCGUUUAGUGCGGCGUGGGGGCUUCCUGGUUGUUACUACCUGCAAUUGGACUGAGGAAGAGUUGGUGCAUUGGUUCACUGCGGAUCGGACGAGUGGGGAUCGAUUGGCGGUUUGGGGUCGUGUUGAGUAUCCUCGGUUCCGUUUUGGAGGACAUGAGGGACAGGGAGUUUGUACAGUGUGUUUCCAGAGGCUUGGGGAUGCUUGA